AAUGGAUGGCUCUGAAGAUAAUUUAAUUUUUGAUUUUGAAAAAGUGACAAGUGAAAAAAACAUAAGAAUUGAUAUUGAAGAAGAGGGAGAAAGUGAUGAUUUGAAAGAUAAUGAAGAUGAUGCAGAGGAUGAAUAUUAUGAAAAUGAAGAGGGAAAUUAUGUUAAUAUUUGGGAUUAG